AAUUGACAAGGUCAUAAUACAACUAUACCAAACUCUCCAUCUUGUUACAUAUUUAACACGAUUUCCGGAAUUAGGAAAAUCAGGAAGCGUUGUCGGAAUAUCUGCAUUCGUUCGUGGAGCUCCUACAUUGUCUAUAACUGUUGAUGGUGCCAAAGGUUGUGUGUCUGAAAUUUUUGGACUAUUAGUUGUAGUUGGAAUAGCAACUGGUGUAGAACUUGCAACGGGAGUUGAACUUGCAGCUGUCUGA